CCAUUAGCAUCAUAUCACUUAUAAAGUACUGAGCAGCAUCAGCUGGCUUAUUCUCUGCUGUACUUUGUGAAGUACAUAACCAAUCCAAAAUAUUCUCCUUCUUCUUCCUCCUAUAAGUCAAAUUUUCAGUUCUAGCUAAAGUACAUUAGUACUGAUUUGUGACCAUAUAAUUAAGUAGAACUUUUAGAGAGGAAAAAGAGAGAAAGAGAGAUGGGAAGGGCACCAUGCUGUGAUAAGAACCAGGUGAAGAAGGGGACAUGGACUCAUGCUGAGGAUUUGAAGCUCUCCUCUUUCGUUCUCACCCACGGCCAUGGUAACUGGCGUUCCCUUCCUCGCCGUGCCGGGCUGCAGAGAUGUGGAAAGAGUUGUCGUUUGAGGUGGAUUAAUUACCUAAGCCCUGAUGUCAAACGAGGCAACUUCUCACCUGAAGAAGACCAAUUGAUCAUCAACCUCCACAGCGCCCUGGGAAACAAGUGGUCAAAAAUUGCUGCUCACUUGCCCGGAAGAACUGAUAAUGAGAUCAAGAAUGUAUGGAACACACGUCUGAAGAAAAAGAAAUCGACGUUGCCGACUUCGCCUUCGACGGAUUCUUGCAUCUCCUAUGCAGAUCCCAAUAUGGAUGAGCACGACAAAGUUCGGGAUGUUGAACAAAAUAAAACCCUAGAUGGAUCAUCAAAGGGUGGACAAGAAUCAUCAGACAACUAUGUCAAUGUUGUUGAUUCACCAAGUACUAUUAUAAUUCCUGGUGAGCAGCCAUUGGAGAUGGAGUCAAAUGAAAUCGAUUCUAUCAAUUGGGACUUUUUAAGCAACAACAACAUCAACAUUAAUGUUGAUCUUCCUCCUGCUGGUGGAGAGUCAAACAUUGCUGUUGCUACAAGACCACAAUCACUAGAUGACCAAGUGUCCCAAUUGAAGUCAUUUUUUGUUGGAGAAUAUGAUAUCGAUCAUCAACUGAAGCAACAAGACAAUGUGGCAAUCGAUGAUUGGGUGAAAUACAUGGCACAUGAACUGGGAUUGGAGGAAGUUGAUCAAUCACAGCUCUACAACAACAGCUGCAAACCAGAGCAACAAUUAGAUGAGAUAACAAAGUUGAAGGAAGAAGAUAUUGAUGUGACUAAUUUUCCAAUGUGGGAUUUUGGUUUCUAAAGUCAAAUGCAAAGUGGGGGUAGUGUUUCUUUCUUUUCUUUUCUUUUUUUUUUGUGUAAUUCGGGAAGAUGAUGGGUAUAAGUGGAGAUUACCAAACUUAGAAGUUUUAUUUUUUUUCACAAAUUUGUUAGUCAUCCAAUAGGGUAAAAUGGAUACAAUAGCAUAUAGGGGAAGUCGGCAUUAGUUUAGUUUAGUGCUGUUGACAUUCGUGGUAUCUCUCGCCCUUAGAAAACUUGUAUGUUGUACCCUUUACACCAACAACUUGUGGAGGAAAAAAAUACAGUACUAGGUUAUGCUGGA